GAGGAGGUUCUAGAUAGAAUAGAGGAGCCGACAAGGCCAAGAUGCCCGGAGGAGUGGUCUUCCUCGUUUGCAUACCGACUACUAGUUACGAGCACGAGCUCGUCUUCGGCGUGCCCGUGCCGAGAAUUAAAAGACCUGGAAAGGUGGAUCCUUUCCCGAAGAGUGUGCCAAACGUCGACCUGCGUCUCAAGGAUGUCAGGAACCGCAAUCGUCUCGUCACCCUGGAUGGAGAACUCGACGACGAGGACGUAAUCGAGCCUCCUAGACUGAGGCGAGUCCAAGAUGCGCAAUCCAAGAGUCCUGCCUUUGUGUCGAUGGAAACUGUUCUUGAAGAGUUACUAAAGAAACUUAGAGUACAGCACGUGGUAUGGUGUAAGGAUAAAGAAGACAUGUACUAUGAGGUGAUCUUUCCUGUUCCAGCAGGCGACCCUUGUGAAAAUUGUCUCCACUGUUUAACAGAAAUGGGUAUCGGCGUUAAAAUGAAUUCAAUAGUAAGCGUAAUACCUACGCAAUGCACGUACAGCGGGGUCGGAGGUGCAAAGGCAAUUAAGGAUGACCUGGAACGAAGAAAAACUGAGGCGGAAGCAAGAAGAAAUGCUUGGGCGUCCUUUAUCGGGUCCAUUCGUUCCAAAUUGACGGUAAAACAAGUAGUCGACGGUGUCAGAAGUGGCGGCGACUUAACAUUCGACUACGUCCUGUUAGUCCUGACGGCCGAUUGCCUCGCAGCCCUUGGUCUGGUAGAAAAUAGCGCGACAAACGUCGUAGCAGCAAUGUUGGUGUCCCCUUUAAUGGGGCCCGUAAUGUCGCUCACAUUCGGAACCAUCAUAGCAGAUCGGGACUUGCAGUUAGUCGGAUUUAAGAGUUUGAUGUUGGGGAUAUUCCUCUCGAUUGUCUUCGGGUUCAUCUUCGGACUUAUCCUGGGGACUACAGAAAUGCCCUGGGGUUACAAUGACUGGCCAACGGAUGAGAUGAAAGGAAGAGGUAACUACCGAUCGCUAUGGAUGGGAGUGUUGUGGGCUCUACCAUCCGGGACAGGAGUUGCCGUAGCCCUCCUCCAAGGAAGCAACGGUCCUCUGAUCGGCGUGGCCAUUUCAGCAUCCCUGUUACCGCCUGUUGUAAAUUGCGGCUUAUUCUGGGCUCUGGGGUGCAUAUGGCUGAUCUACAGGCCAAUCAAGAUGCCGCAUAUCAAGGGAGAAUCUUACACAGACUUGAACAGCUCCUACGUGUACGUCUACACCGACUACCUGCCGGUGGAGUUCUUCUGCAACGGCAUCAUAAGCGCGUGCUUAACGUUCAUCAACGUGAUGUGCAUCUUCAUCACGGCAAUAAUCGUCCUGAAGAUCAAGGAAGUCGCGGCUCCAUACACAUCAACUCCGGAGUUGCGGCGUUUCUGGGAGCACGAUAUCCGCGUGGUCCGGGAUAAGAACAGUACCCGAAAUAGUUCCAUAAACUCCAGCUAUUACGAAGGACUGAGCAAAACGAAGCAACGUGCGUUGGAGCAAACUCUAAACGAGGCUGUAAGAGAAGCCAUCGAUGACGAUACCUACCGCAGGGUGCAACGUUUGAGCUACGGCCAACAUGGUCCAAACGAGAUAGCGUCGAAGUUGGGCCUGCCUAACGGCACCGUGGGAACGGGAGUAUCUCGACCUUCCGGUCUUCCUGACGGUGGAAGUACAAGCGAGGACCUGGCAGCUCUUGACAAGCUCAUUACUUAUUUACUGGGUUCACCUAGUAGUAAUGGAGCUAAUGGAGGUGGUGGUGGUAGCGGCAUUGCCAGUGGAAAUUUCGGAGCAAAUGUGGAUUCGUGGAGACGGUCCCGCGCCAGUGCUCGAGGGUACAGGCAAUUGCGCCCUAACGCAUUCGAUGCAACUAACGUCGGUACGACCCCACUUUGAAUACACUACGUACUUGACUUCCUACAA